UCAAAGGGAGGUAAUUCCACGUUAGACCGAACGGAAGAUUGCCAGAGAACAUGGACGAACAAGGUUGUCCAAGAUGUAAAACAACAAAAUAUCGGAACCCCUCACUGAAAUUACUAGUCAACGUUUGUGGACACUCAUUAUGUGAGAGCUGUGUGGACCUGCUGUUUAUCAAGGGGUCGGGGACAUGUCCAGAAUGUGGCACAGCUCUCCGGAGAAACAACUUCCGACUACAGAUCUUCGAGGACUCCAAUGUGGAGAAAGAACUUGACAUUAGAAAGAGAAUACUUAGAGAUUUCAACAAGAAAGAAGAGGACUUCAGUUCGUUGAGGGAUUUCAAUGACUAUCUGGAGAUGAUUGAGACAAUAGUUUUCAAUCUGUCCAAUGGUAUUGAUGUCGAGAGCACACGCAAGAUGAUAGAACAGUACAGGAAGGACAACAAAGAUCAGAUCAAGAAAAACCUUUCAAAAAUGAGUAAAGACCAGGAGUACCUCGAUCUGCUCAUUGAGCAGGAGAAACAUGAGACCGCAGUUCGACUUCAGAUGAUGGAGGAAGAGGCCGCCAGGGAUAAAGCCUUGAAGAAGAAGAACAAGGCUGCCCUGAUUGAUGAACUGAUGUUUUCGGAACUGCCUGCCACGGACAUUGUGGCCACCCACAGAGAAUGUGUGACCCAACUUGAGGCUGCCACCCGUGCAACUGCUGCCACCACCUUCUCUACCGGGAUAAAGAUAGGUCAUCACGACACCGUUCUGCCACUUCCUGGUUGUGAGGACAAUGACGAUGCAUAUAUGUACCUGCCCUAUAACUUGAACAACAGCGGCCCCAGACUUGUUGCCCAGGAAGAUAUACACAACCUAGGGUACCUCUCUCAUGUCCGCCCAGCAACAGACAUGGAACGUGGUGGAGGUUUUGAAGCCAGGAUAGCCUGCCAGCGAGCUCUCCAUGAUGCUCUUAGCGGACUUUUCUACUUCCCGGAAACUGACAGCAGUUCUGGGCUACAACCUAUGGUCACAUGACUUAUCUAGCAGGCAGCUCUCUGAACAGUGGCAAGCUGUCAACAGAUUCGAGAUUAGUCUGUUUUGAGGUGGCCGAUACACUUCCGCUCUGCCUUGUCCAGAAGUAUUUGCUGGUCUUCAUAUCCAAACAAUAGUGGAAAGGUGCGCAGUGUCCAGCAAGUAUAUAUCAUUUGGUGCACAGACAUUCUCCACCUCGACAGCUCUGACAAGCCUCUGAUGAAGGACUUGUGAUAUAGUGUUUCAGGGAUGUGUGUAAGGCAAGGAUGUGUGUGUGUAUGUCUCUGUUUAAGAUGGAAUGAAAAUUGACACUUGGUGAACACGCGUCCACACUGCAUCAAUAAAAUAGCCAUGUCCGUAGGGUUGAAACCAAUCCUAUUAAAAUAACCCUGUCUAUAGGGUUAAAACUGGUUCUCACUGCAUCAUCAAAAUACACUAUAAUGCCCUAUAAUGCAUUACAUAAUGUCCUUAUCUGCAGGGUAUGUUGUGGUCCUGCAGAACAUGAUGUCCUUAUGUGCAGGGUAUGUUGUGGUCCUGCAGGACAUGAUGUCCUUGUGGACAGGGUAUGUUGUGCUCCUGCAGUACAUGAUGUCCUUGUGGACAGGGUAUGUUGUGCUCCUGCAGUACAUAAUGUCCUUGUGGACAGGGUAUGUUGUGCUCCUGCAGUACAUAAUGUCCUUGUGGACAGGGUAUGUUGUGGUCCUGCAGGACAUGAUGUCCUUGUGGACAGGGUAUGUUGUGGUCCUGCAGGACAUGAUGUCCUUAUGUGCAGCGUAUGUUGUGGUCAUGCGUUACAUAAUGUCCUUGUGUGCAGGGUAAAUUGUGCUCCUGCAGAACAUGAUGUCCCUGUGUGCAGGGUAAAUUGUGCUCCUGCAGAACAUGAUGUCCUCAUGAACAGGGUAUGUUGUGGUCCUGCAGAACAUGAUGUCCUUAUGUGCUGGGUAUGUUGUGGUCCUGCAGAACAUAAUGUCCUUAUGUGCAGGGUAAGUUGUGGUCCUGCAGAACAUAAUGUCCUUGUGGGCAGGGUAUGUUGUGUUCCUGCAGAACAUGAUGUCCAUGUGUGCAGGUACAUUGUGCUCCUGCAGAACAUGAUGUCCUCAUGAGCAGGGUAUGUUGUGGUCCUGCAGAACAUGAUGUCCUUAUGUGCAGGGUAUGUUGUGGUCCUGCAGAACAUGAUGUCCUUAUGUGCAGGGUAAGUUGUGGUCCUGCAGAACAUAAUGACCUUGUGGGCAGGGUAUGUUGUGCCCCUGCAGUACAUAAUGUCCUUGUGGACAGGGUAUGUUGUGCUCCUGCAGGACAUGAUGUCCUUGUGGACAGGGUAUGUUGUGCUCCUGCAGGACAUGAUGUCCUUGUGGACAGGGUAUGUUGUGGUCCUGCAGGACAUGAUGUCCUUGUGGACAGGGUAUGUUGUGCUCCUGCAGGACAUGAUGUCCUUGUGGACAGGGUAUGUUGUGGUCCUGCAGGACAUGAUGUCCUUGUGGACAGGGUAUGUUGUGGUCCUGCAGUACAUGAUGUCCUUAUGUGCAGCGUAUGUUGUGGUCAUGCGUUACAUAAUGUCCUUGUGUGCAGGGUAAAUUGUGCUCCUGCAGAACAUGAUGUCCGUGUGUGCAGGGUAAAUUGUGCUCCUGCAGAACAUGAUGUCCUUAUGUGCAGGAUAAGUUGUGGUCCUGCAGAACAUAAUGUCCUUGUGGACAGGGUAUGUUGUGGUCCUGCAGUACAUGAUGUCCUUAUGUGCAGCGUAUGUUGUGGUCAUGCAUUACAUAAUGUCCUUGUGUGCAGGGUAAAUUGUGCUCCUGCAGAACAUGAUGUCCUUGUGUGCAGGGUAAAUUGUGCUCCUGCAGAACAUGAUGUCCUUAUGUGCAGGAUAAGUUGUGGUCCUGCAGAACAUAAUGUCCUUGUGGGCAGGGUAUGUUGUGUUCCUGCAGAACAUGAUGUCCAUGUGUGCAGGUAAAUUUUUUAUGAUACACUAUUACAUUUUGUACAACCACGAA